UCCUGAUUUACGGUCAGGCAGGAGCAGAGUAAAACCUCUGGAGCAAAAGAGUAACAGAUACCAUGCAUGCCCCACAGGGCUGCUUCAGGAACAGACUGCAAACAAAAAAGGGAAGAACCACUCGACUGUUCACAGAGUUGAGGAGAGGCACAUGACUCUUCUCUCAAAGGGAUUUCAAUUUGGAACGAUCGGAAAAGACUGAACACUUUCAUAUGAGGAUUAUUGGAUGUGCAGGACAUCUUUCACUUACAGAAAAAAAGGACGUUGGACACUAAAACAGGUAUUUUGUAGAGUUGCUGUAUACUUUGCAGUAUUUCAUAACAAAACCACACAAACUGAGCAUUCUUCCUUAUUCCAGGACGUUGUUGUUUUCAACCCAAAUGCAAUGUACAUAUUCCAUGUCUGUUGCACAUGGUUGGAUUAACAAGCUGGAGAUUUAUGACUGACACAAGUACACGAUUGAGGAAAACCUUUUUAAAUCAGUAAAUGUUACAAUCUGGUUUAAAAAUGAAUAACAGCACCGCACAAAUUCAAAAUGCCAUGGGUUGCAACAAGAGUGACGACUUCAAGUACCCUCUGUAUAGCUCGGUUUUCAGCGUGGUGUUUGUAAUUGGACUUUUAUUCAACAUGGUGGCCAUCUACAUAUUUGGCUGUACACUGAAGCUGCGGAACGAGACCACGACAUACAUGAUAAACCUUGUAGUUUCAGACUCUCUCUUCGUCCUGAGCCUGCCUUUUCGUAUCGUUUACUUCAUUAAACGAGAUUGGCUGUUUGGAAGUGUGCUCUGCAAGAUCUCUGUGGCCCUGUUCUACACCAACAUGUACGGCAGCAUCCUCUUCCUCACCUGCAUCAGUGUUGACCGCUUCCUGGCCAUCGUGCACCCAUUCCGCUCCCAAGCAAUUCGUACUAGGAGGAAUGCUAAACUGGCCUGCUGUACAGUGUGGGUGUUGGUUCUGUCUGGAAGUGUACCCACUGGGUUCCUUUUGGACACCACUUCACCCAAAAAUGCCAACUCCUCCUCCAACUUCUGCUUUGAAAACUACUCCAAAAUGCAGUGGAAGGCUGAGCUGUCCAAGGUGGUGGUGUUAAUUGAGACUGUGGGCUUCAUCAUCCCACUGAUGCUCAAUGUCUUCUGCUCGAUGAUGGUGCUACGGACACUGAGGAAACCCCAAACCAUCAGUCGCGGAGGGAGCCUCAACAAGACAAAAGUCUUGAGGAUGAUCAUCGUGCAUCUUCUCAUCUUCUGCUUCUGUUUCAUUCCCUACAAUUUUAAUCUCAUUUUCUACGCCUUGGUCCGCUCCAAUGUCCUACAGGGAUGCUACGCAGAAUAUAUAGUCAGAACCAUCUACCCCAUUGCUCUGUGCAUAGCAGUGACCAACUGCUGUUUUGAUCCAGUCAUUUACUAUUUCACUUCAGAGACCAUUCAGAGCUCCAUCAAACGCAAGUCCACAAUAUGGAACAACGGUGCCAAGCUAUUCGACAGACUAUACAUGGACAGCUCACAAAGCAGUCCAAAUACAACACCUAAAAGCCUGACCCUGCGGACUCUGAGAUCCAAACCGUUUGACAAUGAGUCUACAGUCUGAUGGCAACUCUAUUAUGGGACAUAAUCAAUAAUUCAGUCAUUGGUGGUGAUUUCAAUCGGAGGAUGUAGGUGGAAGCAGAGUGACCUUUAAGAUCAUAACACAUAAACACAGUGGUUACUAAGGAGUCACUCUCUCAACAGGACUGCACAGACUUUAGACUGGGAGUCAGGACACUGAUCCCUGUUAAGUCAAUAGAAGAGUGGAACAAGUUAAAGAGGAAGAGGAAGUGUGUUGCAGCAUAAAGACCCUUUAUCAGGCUGCCAAUUCACAACACACAAGUUAGAAAACAAAUGUGUAUUAGUGGCGAUGACAGGUGUAUGUAUAAACCAUAGUCAUGUGCAUGGUGCUGAAAAUAAGUGUUAGCUUUUGCACAUAAGACAUUGUAAUUGUAGUCUUAUUCCUCUCCGUUAGGACAAUUCUGCUUUGGUAAUACUGCUGAACCAGUAUUACAACUCUUUUCUAUGUACUGUGCCGUUUUUUUUAAGUAUUUGUGGCCUCAUUACGGCUUUCAAGCACUUUAUAGAGCAUCAUGUUCUAUAACAGCUUGUUAUCUCUUACACUGAAAGCAAAUAAAAGAGUCAUUAAU